AUGAAUCUACCAUUAUUACUCCUAAUUUUGGGCGUUUCCCAAAAAGAAAACCAGCAAUGGGAGGAAUUUAAGAUGACUUACAACAAAAACUACGAAUCUCUUCAAGAAGAAACUUAUAGACGAGCAAUUUUCUUAGAAAAUUUGAAGAAAAUCGAAGCUCAUAACGAAAAAUAUGUACAAGGACUUGAAACAUUUGAACAAGGAAUCGACCAAUUUUCAGAUAUGAAGGAAGAUGAGUUCAAAUUACAACUUUUAGGUAGUGAAAAAAGAUUUGAAGAACUUGACGAAACUGCUGGGAAUUCUCUUGAAUUAUUGGAGCAAGAAGCCCUCGAAGCAGAAUUAAACCGCAAAUGGAAAGAAUUUAAAAUGACUCAUGAGAAAGAAUACGAGACUCUCGAAGAGGAAGUCAAGCGAAAGGAAAUCUUCGACUUUAACGUAAGAAAGAUGGAAGAGCACAAUAAACGUUAUCACCAAGGGCUUGAAACUUUUUACAUGGGCAUUAAUCAGUUCACGGAUUUAACUUCUACCGAAUUUCGUGACAAAUAUUUGAAUUUUAUUCCGUUAAAUGCAACAAUUUAUAACACCGUUGAAGAAUCUUUCGUCGAAGAGGAUGAAGAGCCAAUUAAAUUGACGUCAAAAUCUUACUGGUACACGAAAGAUAUUCCAAUUAAAAAUCAAGAGGCUUGUGGUUCAUGCUGGGCUUUUAGUGUCACUGGCGUCCUCGAAUACGCUUAUUACCAUUUCCAAAACCGAAAAUUGGUUUCUUUGUCGGAACAGGAGCUCGUCGAUUGCGAUCACAGGCAACAUGGAUGCAACGGAGGCGUUCCAUAUUACGCUUUUCAGUGGGUCAAGCAAAACGGGAUCAAUUUCGAGAACGAAUAUCCGUAUCAGAAGCAUCAAGGACAAUGCCGACGCAAACGGAGCAACGUCGGACCGAAAAUAAUCAAAAGUGUGGGAUUUACGGGACUAAGUGAGAGAGAAAUGUUCGAUAAGUUGCAAAAUGUUGGUCCGAUUCAAGUUGCUGUGUGUGCGGAUCGCUGGCAAGGGUAUCGAGGAGGAUAUUUUACGGCGGGAAAUUGUAAUGGACAUGGACCUAAUCAUGCGGUUGUAGCAGUAGGAGCUGCAAAUGUUAAAGGAAAAGAUGUUUGGUGA